CUACCUGCUUCGAUCUUUACUUCCUCGAUCCUGUUAAUUAGCUUUUCUUUCUCUUCCCGUGCACUCUUCACCGCUACGAGUAAUGGCAACCAUGGUGGCCUUGAACUCCUUCGCCAGUGCCUCAGUCGUCGGCCGCUCGGCCGUCCGCUCACCGGUCGUGCUGCGCCGGCGCGCCCUUGUCGUCAGGGCCCAGGCCGAGCCGGACAUGGAUCCGAAAAAGGAGACGACCGCUGAGACCUCCACCCCGAGCUCAACCCCGACCCCGACCCCCAUGCCGGCGGCACCCAAGCCCAAGGCCAAGGCUAACCCCUCGGUCUGGGACGCGCUCGCCUUCAGCGGCCCGGCGCCGGAGCGCAUCAACGGCCGGCUCGCCAUGUUGGGCUUCGUGGCGGCUCUCUCCGUGGAGGCGGCGCGCGGUGGCGGCCUCCUCGACCAGGCCGGCAGCGGCGCCGGCCUUGGCUGGUUCCUGACAACCGCGGCGGUGUUCUCCGUGGCGUCACUGGUGCCGCUCCUCCAGGGCCAGAGCGUCGAGAGCAAGUCCAGCGGCGUCUGGAGCGCCGACGCCGAGCUCUGGAACGGCCGCUUCGCCAUGCUCGGACUCGUCGCGCUCGCCGUCACCGAGUUCAUCACCGGCACGCCCUUCGUCAACGUCUAGAUUAAGCUAGAAUUGUUACGGCCCCCGUACCGUACGUGCAUGUACAUAUUGAUGGUCAUGCUGAGCAAGUUGUAAACCAUAUGUUCAUUUUUGAUGGUCACGGAUGUGUUUGUAAGAUUUUUGGAAUAUAGAAAUAGGGGAUGAAUGAAUCAAGUCGAUCUCAUCUAAA